GGAGUCUUUUUUUGUAAUUUGUUAUUUACCUUUUUUUACAUUUUUAAUACAAGAGUAUUGAGAGGGUGAUCUUGUGUUAUAGUUUUAGAGGUGGUAGAUUUUCCUAAAUAUUGGUGGGAAACUUACAGUGCUUUUACAUAGGCAAAGGCUAUAAGUAAUUCCAGAACAUUAAGCAGCAAAAUAAAUUGUUCCAGGGAAGGUACAAAACCUUUUGGGUAUGUACUGAACAAAGAAAUGUUAGCAGCCAACGUUUUAAGUUUUUUUCUUGAGCAUCAACAUGCUUCUGGGAAUAAGAGGAAAUUGUGGAUGUUGUUUUGUAUAAAGUUUGCAGAAAAACAGACUUUGAUUUAGCCGUGAUUGACCAGUGUUUGUGACAGUUCCACCCAGAGAAGACCAAAAGGCCUGACAAGGCCUCUGUCUGAUAAACCAUGCAAGUCUAUUCUUGACGUUCGGAGGUCAUGAUUCGACUUGCACGAUCUUUUGAGAUGCUGACAAUCUAACUUUGAGAAAAACCCAACAGUUGGAUAAAUAUAUAAGCAGUGAUCAUGUUUGUAAGUGUAAUUAACAUAAAGGUUCUGCAAAUCUUAAAUAAAGGCAGCCAUGUAUAUUGGACAUUUUAAGUUAUACGUUAAAACAGAAGUUCAUUUCACAGAAUGUUUUGUAGUGUUAUAUCACAAAGUGACAAUAUUUCACGGUAAGGUGGUGGUAAACUGGAUUUUCGGCUGUCCUUUAAGGCAGCAGCGGCCCAGACGUGGACGUUGUACAGCUGCUGCGCUGCGUUCAAGUGACGCAGUGUCCCGUCUGGAGGAAGGGGAGGGCGAAGUUUCACUCUGCAUUGCAGCCCGAGCGCUGGCUGCUGCCGGAACACAACAAUGGCGACUCCCAGUCCGAACAGCAACUCUACAGGCUCCGGCAACAUUCUGGGGGCCACGUCGCACCACCUUCACCAACAGACACAGAGCAGCAGCAUGCAAGAAACCAACACCUGCUGGAGAUGUCAAAAUGAAACAGGGUUUCAGAUAAGCCUGUCUGGAGUGCCCCAAAGUAAACGUAAAGCUCUGAAGUUAAAUUUCGCCAACCCUCCGGUGAAACCAACCUCCAGGCUCCCGCUUCAUCCUACGGUGCCUUCUUUCCAGAAUCCUCACAUACAGCGUCUGCGGACACACAGCAUCGAGUCAUCUGGGAAGCUUAAGAUCUCCCCAGAGCAGCACUGCGACUUCACCGCAGAGGACCUGAGAGACCUCGGGGAGAUCGGCCGUGGGGCCUACGGCUCUGUCAGCAAGAUGGUCCAUAAACCAACAGGCCAGAUCAUGGCAGUCAAGAGGAUUCGCUCCACUGUGGAUGAGAAGGAGCAGAAGCAGCUGCUGAUGGAUCUCGACGUGGUGAUGAGGAGUAGUGACUGUCCCUACAUUGUCCAGUUCUACGGCGCCCUCUUCAGAGAGGGGGACUGUUGGAUUUGUAUGGAGCUUAUGUCUACCUCAUUAGACAAAUUCUACAAAUAUGUUUAUUGCGUAUUAGAUGAUGUCAUUCCAGAGGAAAUAUUAGGCAAAAUAACAUUAGCUACCGUUAAAGCACUGAAUCACUUAAAAGAAAACUUGAAAAUAAUUCACAGAGACAUCAAACCUUCCAACAUUUUAAUGGACAGAAGGGGUAAUAUCAAACUAUGUGACUUCGGCAUCAGCGGCCAGCUGGUGGAUUCCAUAGCCAAGACUAGAGAUGCAGGCUGCAGGCCUUACAUGGCACCUGAGCGGAUAGACCCUAGUGCUUCCAGACAGGGCUACGAUGUCCGGUCCGACGUUUGGAGCUUGGGAAUUACUCUGUAUGAGUUAGCGACAGGGAAAUUUCCUUACCCCAAGUGGAAUAGUGUUUUUGAUCAGCUGACACAAGUGGUGAAAGGAGAGGCUCCACAGCUCAGCAACUCAGAGGAGAGGCAGUUCUCCCCCAAGUUCAUCAACUUUGUUAACCUAUGCCUUACAAAAGAUGAAUCAAAAAGGCCAAAGUACAGGGAACUUCUGAAACACCCAUUUAUUCUGAUGUACGAGGAGCGCUUUGUGGAUGUCGCCAGUUACGUGUGUCGCAUCCUGGAUCAGAUCCCUGCCUCCCCCAUCUCUCCUAUGUACGUUGACUGAUGCCAAGAGCGGUGUGCCAGCGGGGUCCCUUAACGUGCAGUGGGUGGUACACUAAGCUUUGUGAUGCGACGCUUGUCAUCUUAGCCUUCAGUUACCUAAGAUCACCUGUUUGUUCACACUUCCCAAAGAACAAAGGAAUGAAUUCCAAAGUUCCCAGUGCAAUAAGAAGAAAAUCAAAAAGAGAAACUUUUCCCUGCUUAUCUUAAGAUCCCAAAAUAUAAUAUUUCAUCUAAAAGCAGAAAAACUUGAAGCAGUAACUUUAUCUUAGUAAAGCAACUUUUCAUGCGACACAAAACAUAAAGUAUAUGUGGGAAAAAAGAAAACUAUAUAUAUAUAUAUAUAUAUAUAU